AGAGUCAUCUCUGUAGAACAUUACUACAACGCAAAGACGAAUAGCGCUCUUAUUCUGCCCUUCCCAGGCUUCCGUAGACAUUUCCCUCAUUCUCCAGUAGUCUGCGGCUCUGCCAUCUGUGGUGAGAAGUACCCGUGGGCAGCUUUGUCAAAGCCAUGGAGCAGAUCAAUAACAUUCAGGUGGUUCCGUGCACCAGCUCGAACUAUCUGAGACCGUUUAGGGUGCAUUAUAACCAGAAUGGAACAAAGAAGUCCUGGGACUUUAUGCAAACUCAUGAUAGUGUCUCUGUGCUGAUUUUUAACACCACCUCACACUGCUUCAUCCUGGUCAAGCAGUUCCGCCCAGCUGUAUACAUGAGCGAAUGGGAGCGAAGCAAACCCAAGCCCCUGCAGCCUGAGGAGGAAGAGUCAGAAUCAACAGAACCCAAAGUCCCGGAAGAGGACAAAGCAGGGGAGACGAGCGAAGAGACGUCCAGCCACCAACCCCCAGCUUCGGCAGGUGUGACCUAUGAGCUGUGCGCAGGCCUAGUGGACAAACCCAACCUCUCUCUGGAGGAGAUCGCCAGGCAGGAGGUGCUGGAGGAGUGCGGCUAUGAUGUACCAGUUACCAAACUGAGAAAGAUCACAUCAUACAGGUCAGGAGUGGGAGUCACUGGAUCCAAGCAGACCAUGUUUUACGCUGAGGUGUCCGAAGAGAACCGCGUCGGAGAGGGAGGAGGUAAACCUCAAGAGGGUGAACUGAUCGAGGUGGUCAAAGUUCCCCUUCACGAAGCCAUGACCUUCGCCUUUGAUGAGAGCAUCCCGAAAACAAUGGGAGUCAUUUUCAGCUUCAUCUGGUUCCACAGCAACAUGUCGCCGAAGUACAAGAUCUCCACCAAUGUGUAACGUAACAAUUCCAAGCCAUCCACAACUCAUUACAUACAUUUUUAUAUAUAUAGUAAUCAAAAUGGUCACUAACUGUUAAAUUUUUUUUGUUAUUUCUUACACUCUUAUCUGUUUAUUGUGGUUUUAGCUAUUGUCUUAUUUCAAAAUGAAGCAGCACUUGUGUGCGAUCCCCAUCAGCUAACCGUAGAGCUGAAGAGGUUCAUUGUGCGUUUGUUUUGUGUAACUGAUUGCUUUGUUUUUAACAUGUCAGGAAUUUCAGCCAGCCAUUUGAAAUCACACCACGGCCCUUAAAGACUUUGUAAUGGUGAUCUAUUCCAUGCUAACAGUGUUGAUACCAUCAGAAAGACAGUGAGCACGUUUACAUGCACACCAAUACUUUGGAAAGUCCAAAAUCAGCUCAUUGAAAUAACACGUUUUCCUGCUUUUAAUUUCAAACAGUAACCUAGCAAAGCAGAUACAUCACAUUUACAGGACUUUAUUAUUUUCUAAGGUUAUUCACUCAAAUGAUUACAUCAAAAUAUAAAGAUGUGUAGGCCUAAGUAUUCUAAACAAAGCAUAAAGCUUAAAAAAACCCAGCCUACUUAAAUAUAAUCAUUUAUUUUCACAUUGACAAGCACUUUACCCUGCUAUUUUUAUAUUUUUUUGGAUCAAGAGUCACCCAAUAUACUUUACAGCAGUUCAUUUUUCAAUAUUGCUUGAUGUUAUUUCAAACCAAACAGGCAAAAAGCUACUUCAUUUUAAGAUCGUCACUGGCGUUUGAAAAAGAUUAUAUUAAAAGUUUGCUUUGGCUUGUAAACACCUUCAGGCUAUCAUUGGUAUUUCUCGAUAAUGCUAUAGGUAAGUUGUAAUAAGUCGGUUGUUCUUGUUUAAUACACUAAAGCUGCUUUCAUUAUAGCAAUUUACUAUAUAAAGUUAUUAAUAAAUAAUGAAUAAACUAAAUUUCUGAUGCUUUCUUAACUGCUGUUUUCUCACAGUUGUCCUUUUUCAUAGUUGUGUGUUUAUUUGUUUUUUGGAAGGAAAACACACAGCACUUGUUUUCACAUUUACCGAAAUGCUGCUCUCAACAGUGCGAGAGGUGUCAGAAUGUUCACAAACAGAAAACCAUUGCUCAUAUUUUUCAAACAAACUUUGAACGAAAACAAGGCCUUUAAAGGCCAUGUGAAAUCAAACUUAAGUGUUUAUUUUGCUUGCGAACAUUGUUAUUCUUUAGGCGAACAAUUAAUCCAUGCAAGUUGAUCUGCUAAAAAACAAAAAGUUUGUUUUGGUAAUCUUCAAUCAAAGUCUGAUCAUUUGCUUCUGCGUGUGAUGUGGCAGUCCUUCUCUGUUGAUGUCAGUUUGAGGGCUUCAUCUAAUGUAGCGGAACGCAAUUCUAACCACACCUUUCAUUUCCUGUGAAUGAAUGAUGCGCAAAUAGAAAGCCCUGCCCCUAUUCAAUAUUCUGUUUCAAUUGGCCGUACAUCAACAUGCUGAAAUAGUCUCAAAAGCUUCUGGUUCAAGCUGACCUUUAACAAAUUUUUUUUUACUCAAAUUCACAUUAAUUGUGAGGUCACAUUACAUGUACACAUUUGCAUUUAGCCAGUUUGCUUUGAAAUGCUGUUUGGUUUGAAAGUCUGUGAAGCAGUGUAUCACACUAUAUAUAUCAGUUUGCUAUGGACAAUGAACUUCUUUUCUCAUAAACGUUCUCGUAAUAUUUCUCACCGCACCUUAAGGUCGCUUUCAUGUCUCGUAGCCAGACAUGCACACUGACAGAGCUCUUUAUAGGGUGAUUAUAACUCUUACACUUCUUCAUUGGUUUAAGUUGUUUGUGUCCUUACUGCAAUACUUGACACUUCACUUAUCCACUCGUUAAAUCCUGAUGUAUUGGUGACAUAUGAAAUACUGUUUCUGGGUCCAAGACACUACCCAUUUGAAUUAAGAAAAUAUUCAUUUAUGACCACUUCUUAGUCGCAAAUAUAAUGAUUUUAUUAUAUAAAAUCAUGGUGUACACACUCUGGACUUUCUGCAUCACAGACACCAAUAUUUUAACAAUUUAUAAAAUGUAUGGCCAUCAGAUUUCAGGCAUGGGUUAUAUAUAUUGCGAUCAUGAUUUUCGAAAGUAUUACAUCGCUUUGUAAAAGUCUACUAUUACCAUUUGUUGAGUCUUCCCAUACAGUUUGACAGUGCGCUUGCACCCAGAAGCUGCUUCUGGUGACGUCACACUUAACAAGCAGAUAGAUGCCAACAAAAACGGACAAUCACCAGAUUACACUACAUCACUUUUGACAUGCUUUAAACCGACAAGGGUUGAUUCAGCAUGUUUAGUCGGCAAAAACAAACUCCAAUAAACACCAGCAGCGUAAAUACACUGAUCCAGCAAAACAUGACAAAGUGUCUGUUGGCAUCUUUCAGUGUGGUGUCAAUUAGCCUAGAAAUAAAAACAGCAUUGUCAUGCAUUGUCACAGUAUUAAGGUUAAAAAUGUGCAUGUAAACGUACUCACUCACUGAGAUUGAAGCUGUACGUUGUUUGAGAAAGUCUGACUUCUAGCCAUAUUCCACCCAUUUUACAGUCAGGCCAUUUCGAGGAACAGCAUCCAUUUUUUGAAAUAAGCAAGUAAAUAAUGUGAGUUAACGUCAACAAUCCACUGGCAGCUACCCAAACGAUAGCCACUUCUUGAAAACAAUCACUAACAAAGAACAACGGAUACGCUCUCGCAUAUAUCUCAGGUCCAAAGCUGACUUUGGAACAUUCAGGGUUAGUGAUGAUGCUGAAAUAUACUGAGGUGUUUUGUAUUGUCGCUUAAUAUUAUGUUUAUUCUGAGUGUGUUUUGCACAAUUUAUAAAAUAUCUGCUACACAGAACCUAAAGUAUGAGUACAGUGCUAGUACUGCAGGUUUAAAGCUGCUUCGCCAUAAUCGUCAUAACUAAAACAACAUUCUGAAUUCUUGCAGAAUGUAUGGAAUAUGUUAGGGGUGCAUGAGCUUGCCUGCUGAAGUAGAACGAAUAUAUUUAUAAUAUACCAUAGUGUCGGAAGACCUCCUGAAGUCACAGGAACUAAAAUAGUGACUUUCUAAAAUCUCUUGAAUAGAAUACUUGAAUUACUGUUGCGGUUUACUGUAGGAAUAUACAGUGGAGAUCAAAAUUAGAGAACUUUAUAAAUAUGGGUUCCCCCAUCCCCCCACAAAUAAUGUAAUCUGUAUUGUUCAGAAUUUAAAGGAAUUUUGGUUGUGGUAAUACCAUGCUAGUUAAACAGUGUUUUAAAAAAUAACCAAGCCACUUCAACAAGCCUCUUAUUUUGUGGAAGAUUACAAUUAAUAUCUCUGAAGGUUACAGCAGUCGGAAAACUAGAAAGUGUAGUAUUUGGAGUCAAGCUUUGUGGUCACUGCAGGGCUUUCAGUCCAAAUUCUUUUAAAUGAGUAUCUUUAUUUUGAAAUAAAGAUCUUUACCCUCUUUAGAGGUCAACUCGUGAUCCAUUUCAGCUGCAGUGUUGAAUCAACUGACCAUUGAGGCUUUCUGAAUUAUCCUGUCCUCUAUUGGAUUUGUCUUUUGUUGACGCCCAAAUAUUGCAAUAUUCUAGAAAUCCCAGCUACACUAAUCACACUAAAUUUGUCAAAUUAUUUCAACACAGUCUCGUUGGAAAAACAUGCUUCAGCCUACAGUUUUGUGAAUGAUAUGAACAUACUUUUGACUGCAGUUUUGUAUUUAAAAAGGUAUGACUAUGGUAUGAGGGCAACAACUUUUGUUUCUUUUCACACUAAUGAUAUUUACAGGGACAUAUUAUUAAUGGAAAAAGGAUUCUUUUUGUGCAGUUCUUUGCACAAUACCAAAUAUAGUUUUAGAAAACAACUUGAUGAGGUCUAUGAUUUGUAAACAAAUAAGUUUGAUUCACCCAUCUAUCUCAAUAUGGACAACUUUUCCUGCAUGGUCACCAACAUUGUACAAUGUUGUACUUGUGAUGUAGAGUGCUUAAGUCCGCUGAUGCAUGAUUUCACAAAAGAGAUAAAAGCAAUGUAAAAUCAAGGUAAAACUGUUUGCGGUUUAAAACUAUCAGCGGAUUUAUCAGCAGAACUAUCAGGGUAUUUAUUUGACAAUCCCUGCCUUCUUAUGGAGGUGUACAAGAAGGACAUGAAUCUGAAACGUAAUACAAAAAACGCACUAUAAGUAUUGGGGCUGUAUGAUUAUUUGAAGGCGAUUUUCAUGGUCAUUUUGUCAGUAAAACCAGCUGUAAUCAGCAGUAAGUCUCCAGCACCUGCUUUCAAAUGGAGCAGCAUUUAAUACAUGGAAGAUUACUAAAAAGACAUGCAUAAAAUUGUGAACAAUUUACUCGGCUCGGUUCUCAAAUUAAAGGGAAUCGUUCUGUGAUCUAACAGCUGCUUAUGUCACUUGUCAGCAGUCUAUGGCUCUGUGUUUUAAAAAAACACUCUUUUAAUAACGUUUUUAAACCAAACUCACCGCUUAGCUUCUGUCAAGUGAUGAUAAAUCAUUUUGAGAGAUGAUUCUAGUCGCACUGAAUCAAUUAAAUGCAGUUAAAUCCUCAGCUUUUUUUGGAUUUCCUGUGUCUCUUUGUGGCGUAUUUGCAGUUUCCACACGAGAGUGCCCUCUGGUCUUCAGGAGAGAUUUACUACUGAACUCAGAGCUGCGCUUCCCUGACAAGAUGUGCAUGACCAUUGCAGCUUUUGCUAAAUCACGAUCUUGGUUUCAUUCCAAUUAAUUGUGACGCUAUUAAGUAAUGUAUUUCAGAUUUGUAAAAAUUUUGACAGUGCCCUCUAGUGGAUUUGUCAUCUGAAACGUACAACAAAACAUAUUUCACAUUUUAAAAUAAUGUAGUUCAAGACACAUAUUUCCAAUGAGCCUGGGAUGGAUAAUUAAGGGAAUUAUCAAGAGUUACAAAUAACACCAAUAACUAAUGUCUGAAUGUUUCUCUGAUCAGUGUUCUUUUCAAAUAUCUCAUUUUAACACAUAUAUUCUGUUUAAGAAUAUAGUUACCACAUGAAACGCUCUUUUACUGCUGUUGGUAUAAAUUCAGUUAGGACUAAGUCAUGACCUUAAAAUUUUGGGAAAUUGUCAGUUAAUUUUGAUCUCGACUGUAUAGAUGAAUGACUAUAAAUGCUUGAAAAUAAUCAAUAUACUCUCAGUAUUCUUCACCAUACCUCCAUGAUUUGCGAGGCUGCUUGCAAACAAUGAAUUGAGCUGAAGUUUUCUAAAUCAAGAUUCUCGCUCUGCUGUAGAUUCUAGUUUACUCGCAAUCAAUUAAUCAGUGAAUUUUCUUUUCUUUAUUGUUGCUAUAGUUAUUUUGUGAAGGAUAAUGAAGUGCACAAACAUUUUUAACACUAUCCUUGUUCUUGUCAUUAAAGAAAUCACCACCACCUUUAAUAAAACGUCAGACGAUUGGAUCUGACUGUAAGGCGUUUCCUCUGUUCUAUCACUGUACUCUGUGGUCUAUAUUCUCUUGUGAUUUGAGUGUUAUAACUUUAUCAGUACAGAUGGUCAAUGUGCUAAUUCAAAAAUUACCAUGUUCAUAUAAUCAAUCAAAACGAGUGUUGUGGAAAAAACAACAACAGGUUUGGUUUGGUCCACUGUGAGUGUUUUUUUUUUUUGUGUUACUUUUAAACACCCCAUUAAAGUAUGCAAAUGAGACCUUUUAUGAAUUAUGCAUUUGUUUCGGAAGCGUUAUUUCAUAUCAUUAUGUCUCCGAUAUCAUUUCCUCAUUUUCUUAAUCUCUUAUGAAAUGAACUUUGAGUGUUUUGUACGUUUAUCUCAGGAUAGGGCUUUGUUUCUUUUCAAAAUGAAUAAAUGGAUUUUUUUUGUCAUGUGCCACUGUUACUAAUGCUUGAUUUUCACUCAGUAUUUCAAGAGGUGUUUAUGAAUCUCUCUUUUUUUUAUCUCACAAACUUUAUUUACUGAUUGUUUUAGUUUAUGGCACCU